AAAAGAUGCCAUCCAGUCUACUCUUCAGCCAUUGUAUUUGAACGUUGUCGUCUGUAUUCAGCGGUGUGCUGUAACACAGUAAUUUCGUGGAUUUCAAUAAACGCAGGUUUUAGCCAUCCAGCUGAACAAAACCUAGUCUGCACACGGAUUGUAAAAAGGAUAAUUGUAAAAAUAUUUGCUUUUUUUGGGCUCACGCGAUAUUAAAAUUAGCAGCAGGCUACGUGCACAGCACAACAUUCCAGACGUCGGAAUAUAAUCCCGUUUUCUCGCUGGCUAGCUAAUUAUAUAGCAAGUUAGCUACUUUUUAUUUUCCCCCAAAACCAUUGCUAUUAAACCAAUAGGCUUUUCUCUACGGAUCCGGUUUCUAUUUAGAUGGCAAGCUUCCCAGAUUCUGUAAAAGAAAAUGAAAUAGGUAAGGCUAAGUUCAUCGGUGAACUCUUAGUGCCUGUUGCUCCCUUCGACCAGAAGUCCGGGCGAGAGACCUGGACUGUAGCCUUUGCACCUGAUGGUUCCUACUUCGCUUGGUCUCAAGGGCAUCGCAUCGUGAGGCUUGUUCCCUGGUCAAAAUGCCUGAAGAAUUUCGGUGGGGAAGGCUCCAACGGAGCAGUCCCUCAGCGUUUGUCGCGGCAGAACAGCGAGGGGGGAACAGUGGUGCCAGUGGGCGAGCCCAGGGAGCACACCAUCGACUGUGGUGACAUCGUGUGGGGCCUGGCCUUCGGCUCGUCUGUGCCAGAGAAGCAGAGUCGCUGUGUCAACAUCGAGUGGCACCGUUUCAAGUUCGGUCAGGACCAGCUGCUGCUUGCCACGGGCCUCAACAACGGACGCAUUAAGAUCUGGGACGUCUAUACUGGAAAGCUGUUGCUGAAUCUCAUGGACCAUACAGAUAUAGUGCGAGACCUGACUUUCGCCCCUGACGGCAGCCUCAUGCUGGUAUCGUCAUCCAGAGACAAAACUCUGAGGGUCUGGGACCUGAAAGAUGACGGUAACAUGGUGAAAGUGUUGCGAGGUCAUCAGAACUGGGUCUAUUGCAGCGCAUUCUCACCAGACUCCUCAGUCCUCUGCUCUGUCGGAGCCGGUAAAUCGGUAUUCCUUUGGGAUAUGGAUAAAUAUUCCCUGAUCCGGAAGCUGGAGGGUCACCAUAACGACGUGGUGUCCUGUGAGUUCUCUCCCGAUGGAGCCUUGCUCGCCACCGCCUCCUACGACACCCGCGUCAUCAUCUGGGACCCCCACAUGGGCACUGUGCUAAUGGAGCUAGCGCACCUCUUCCCUCCCCCCUCGCCCAUCUUUGCAGGAGGGGCCAAUGAUCGCUGGGUACGCUCCGUAGCAUUCUGCCACGACGGGCGUCACAUCGCCAGCAUCACUGACGAUAGAAUGGUGCGUUUCUGGACCAUUGAUGAGAAGUCUCCCCAGGCCAUCGCUCCCCUCACUAACGGCCUCUGCUGUGCCUUCUCUACUGACGGGAGUUUCCUAGCAGCUGGGUCUCGAGACGGCAGCGUGCAUUUCUGGGCGUGCCCAAAGAGCAUUGCCAGCCUGCAGCACUUGUGUCGCAUGGCACUACGACGGGUCAUGCCCACCCAGCAGGUGCAGACGCUGCCCAUCCCGCCGCGCAUACGCUCCUACCUGUCUUACCAAGAUCUCUAGCCCUCCACCUUCACCCUCACCACCCAACACACUGCACAUUGGACACCAAUGUAUAUUACCUUUCUAGAAAAAACACCCAGGAAAAAGAACAAAAAAAGAACCAAAGAGGACAAACUUGAUUCACAAACUAACACCCCCAUGCUAUUCUGUGGCAAGACAACUUCUUUUUGUAUUUAUUUAUUUUUGUAGGUUUGUGCAUGUGUGUGCGCGCCACGGUCCCCCUCAGGUAUCGUGGUUGAAUGGUUAAGUUAUUUCAGGGGCCUGUGUCUCUGCGUAAGAUGGCCUUACCAUAUCAGUCACCUCUGGAUAGUUCUACAUUCUUCCUCCAAUAGAGACUUGUUCGCUGCUGAUUAUUGGCCUGGUGGUGGUGAAAUGGUGGUGGAAUCAAUGUUGAUGUGCUAUCUAUCGCUAAACCUUCUCUGACUUGGAAGUGGUUGUUUCUCUACACUACAGAGAAUCCAUGCAACUCCACUGACUUUACUGUAAAGGUUGCAAAAUUCCAGGAACUUUCAAUAAAUUCCCUGGUUAUCCCGAAAUCCAGGUUGGAGGAAAACUGGAACCGGACCGAAUAAGCAGGAAAUCUGGAAACCUCCAACCAGGAUUUAUGGAAAACCCAGGGAAUUUAUUGAAAGUUCCCGUAAUUUUGAAACCUUACUAAGGACUGUGGGUUCGUCCCAACACUGUGCUUUAUUUUCAAUGGUUCAGAGAGGGACAUGAAGGGUCGAGAGGUGUGUAUGGCCACGUGUACGUGUGUACUGUAUGUACAGGGAGAUAUGUGUGUGGAAGCCAGGGGAGUCAAACUCAUUUUGCCACGCGGGCUUCAUUCGGUCUUUGCCGAUGUCCGGAGGGCUGCACUUACAAUUGAUUAUAUUUCCUCUCUGUCAAAAUGUGUCUCAAAAUAGUCCUCUUUCCAUCGCUUUUGGAAUUUUAGAUUCUCCCUGACUGUCUAGAAAGCUGGACAGAGUGAGGUGACUAUAAAUAUACGUCCAUUACCCGCGGGCUGAAUAUGCUCGUGAGCUGGAUCUGGUGUUUAACACCCCUGGUGUAAGUGAAUGACUGUUGAUGAGAUUCGACCUGCUGCAAAGGGCUGCUGGAUCCCUCCCUCAGUUUUCUGCUACCCUAGAUCUCCUCAGGUCUUAAGCCUCACUCUCUCACUGCCCCAGCUCCUCAAUGUGCUUUCCUGUCCACACAUCCUGCCUCACUCACGCCCAGGAGGGCAAAGACUGCCUGUAGCCUCCACUGUCUCAUCUCACUCUCCAAAACAAUAGCGACCCAUGGCCUGACCUGUUUUGGUUCUCAUAAUAUGUAUAUUUUUUACCUGUAAAAAAUUCUGUGUGUGUGUGUGUAUAUAUAUAUAUACUGUAUAUAUAUAUUAAUACCUAUUAAUAUACCAGUAUAUGAACAUAUCAGAGGGUAUAGUAUGCUUUUUACUGCUGUUUUUUUAUUAAUAUACUGUUGUAAACUUUUUCCCCCUCUGUACAUUGUUUUCUCUAAUUUUAAUGUGAAGACCUUUAUAUGAAAUAAUGACUCAAUCUCUUAUUGUUGAGAUCAGGGUGUAGUCUGUGCUCCUUCAGAAGUGGUAGGACGGAGACGGUGAAAGUGUGAAUUAUAGUGUAUAGGACAUAUAGAAAACACAGAAAAUCCUAAAAAGCGGUUGCCAUCCGUAUUGAUGACUGUCUGAAACCCAUGUUCAGCACACACCACUUUUCUCUCCUGUGCUAUGCUGCACAACUCUAAAGUGGAGUUUCUAAGUGUAAGAAAUAACCUAUAGGGGAGAGCUAUACAAGAGAAUAUUUUGAAAAUAAGUCAUCUUCACAGUUGCCAACUGUAGCAUGGGAUCUUUAUUGAUUGUGACAUACAUGCCUGGCAAGCCUUUGAAGGCUUACUGUUAUAUGCAGACAUUUAAUUGGGGGGAAAAAAGUAAUUAUUUUCAGACACAAUGUUGAGAAGGGCCAAAUGGAAAAGUAUUAAUGUUCUACUUUUUGUAUUUUGCCGAUGUUGACCUAGGUAGUGGAGACAGGCCUGCUGUUAACCAAUCUUGGCAAUACGUUUUCUGUUUAAAGUCAAUGCUGAUGCCAAAGGUCUCUCUUUCGUUCUCGUGCUGUAGCCUGUUCUUGUCAGUCAGUGACUUUUCUCUCUCAUGGCUAAAACUUGAAACUUGUGCAUCUGUGAAUUUUAUUUUAUUUAUUCUGAUUUUAUUUCUCCUGUUCUUAGUAAAGCCGUAAGGCUGUUGUCUUCAGUAACCGGUUGGGUUGGUGUGUUUAGUAAAGCCUUUGCUGAUGGAGCUAGAGCAGGUGAAUGAAUCGAAGCGCUGGGUUCUCACCAGUGUUGGGGAGUAGUAAACAACAUGUAGUUCAACUAGUAAUUUAACUACAUUUUGCACUAGCUCUGUGGUAAU